AUCCAGCACUUUGUCCAGUGCGGUGUCCUCUCUGUCCAGCACUGGGAUCUCUCUCAGCCGCAUGGAUGAAAAGACAGAUGACAACAGACUGCAGCAACACAAGGAGGACGGUCAUAAGGUGAUUGACAUUCAGACACCUAAUGUGUCACCCAGCACCCAGUCAGUGGGCAGUGCCAACAGCAGCGGAGGGGCCACAGAUCUCUUCUCCAACUCACCAAUUGUACCCGUCAACAACCAUGUGCCAAACCUGACCAGUGAGCUGUUCACCCUGCAGCCUAACUUCACCCCCAUCCAGACCACACACACUGUGCCCAACAAUAACAAUGCCUGGGGAGGUGACCUGCUAAAGCCAGCCCCACCCGCUCAAAUUCACAGCCCCGGAGUCCCAUUGCACUCUGGGAAAAUGCUGCCCAACGAUUUGGACUCGUCAUUAGCCAACCUCGUUGGUAACCUGCAGUUUGGGGGGACGCCUGCUAAAAAGCCAGAGCUCCAGUGGAGUCAGCUGGUAGAGAAGAAGCCAACAGGAGGGGGCGGCUGGCAGUCGAAGACCAUGUGCACCAGCACCAACUGGACUCACACCACCCAUCCCAUGGCACCUGCACCCAUGCCUGUCCCUCAGAUG